GACGUGGCUUGUUGAUUUCCUCUCCAACGUUGCAGCUGAAGACGAAGACGCUGUGAAGAAAGCUUCCCUCACAUUUCAGGGAUUUGGACGGAUAUCUUGUUGCCGACCGCUACACCACCACACUGUCACCAUGCCCAGCAAACAGAGAAUGCGCCUUGCCAACGAGAAGCACUCCAAAAACGUCGACAAGCGAGGAAACGUGGCAAAAACAUUGAUGCCAAAGGAAGAAAAAUCACCCGUGGGACCGUGGCUACUGGCGUUAUUCAUCUUUGUCGUCUGUGGAUCAGCUAUUUUCCAGAUCAUCCAAAGCAUCAGGCUCGCUUAAUGUGUGUCAGCAGGGGGAAUUGUGGGAAACAAGAUGGCGGGACCAACCAUGACUGCAACACUACCGAUCCACCGACUACGAACCGAGUAAACCUUCUGGAAAUUCGCGCAGGCCACGGAAAUAUUCCCGGGAUUCGCAAAAAAGGACACGCAAUCUGGAGUGUUAAUCUUAACCUUCCAUCCCCGAACUCUGACCCUCCAAUAGUAUCCAACAAUAGAGAUGAUAGAAUUAUUGUCAAUGAGCAACUCCCAGUCUCCUCCAAUAGAAUCAGUUGUUAGAUUCAUUCCCAUGCUGUGUUACAGCCCCUUCCAUUGGUCAGUCUUCUGUAAUUAUAUCUCAAAUUUGCAUGUUGUCAUGAGCUCAAGUUCUAAUACUAGCAAGAUAGAUGCAGGGCUCUGUCUCUACUUGUGAAUGAGUAAUGCCUUAAUAUCCUGUCUGAUUCUUCCUAUUGGUUAGCGAGGAUGGUAUCAUCGGAAGAGAGAAGGCAACUGUCUGUUUUGACUGUACAUAAACAGUAUCUAUUCUGGUAAUAAAUUGAUAAGGUAAUCACACACAAA